AUGAGUUGUAGGCGAAGUAGACAGAAUGAUUUAAGCUGUGCAAUGCGAGAUAUAAAAUGGAGACACGUGAUAACGAAACGAUGGCUACACGUCCCAGCCACCUCACCACCGGACCGUCGUAUCUCGCUCCCACUUAACGUCACCCGUUGCCAACCAACGAGAAAAAAUCGACGGGACAUUAACGAAAGGCAGGCUUUAUCGCAACGAGUGCUCUGA